AUGGAAACUUUGGAUGGGUGUAUCCAUCUAGCGAUGAUAGUCAUUGAACGAAUUGAAUUGAUUCAGAUGAACGACGCGUCGAAUAUGCGAGCAUUCCGUUGUCAGUUACCGCGCAGGAAUGCAUUCUAUUCGUACGAUAAUGCGUUCGAUCCAGAUCUGGAUGGCGAUGUCCCAAAUCCUUUCUUCAAUCCGUCCACAUAUCCGAACCUUUGUCAGAUUUGUGGAUGUUUAGCCACUAAGAAGUGCGCUCGUUGUCAACUCGUCUGGUAUUGCAGUCGUGAGCAUCAAGCAAUGGAUUGGUCGUGUUCACAUAAGCGGAUCUGCGGUAAAACUGAAGAAGAAAUCCGGCAACUCGAUGAACAGAAACAACUAGAUGAGUCUGAUAAAAUCAAUGGUAACGAUUCUUCGGUGGAGAGAUCGCAAGAUGACGGCGUUUGGUCGAAAAGCGAGAUAAGUGAACCGGAGAAUGGGUUUGUUUUUGGGGAGUAUGGCAUCGAUAUGGACAUCGAGUACCUGAGGGGCACUGAUAGGAUGGAGAGUGACGAUGAGGAUGACGAUCAGGAAGUGAGUGAGGAGCAGAUCAACGAGUACAAGAAAUAUCUCAAGAAACAUCAUACCGAUCAUUUGAAUACGCUCGAUGAGCAAUGUAAACAUUUUAAGGAGAUGAGUAAAAUUCCAUCAAACGAACUUGAAGAAGUGGAGAAUUCAAUCGCAAAAGACAACGCAUUCAGUCGUUUCAGUAAAAUAAUAUCAGUGAAUCCCAAACAAAUAUUACGCUAUGAGCGAAAUGGUAAACCGUUGUAUGCAACUGAUAACGCGCCCAAAAUUGGUGCCGAUGAGAUACCGAAUUGUGAGCUGUGCGGUGGUGCUCGUCGUUUUGAAUUACAGCUAAUGCCUUAUUUAUUGUCGUUGAUCAGUGUUGAUCACAUUCAGAAGAGUAUCGACUGGGCGAGUGUCUUCUUGUUCACUUGUCAGAAUAAUUGUCAGAUCAACAGUGAUGGCUAUACAGAAGAAUUUGUGUUCAAACAAGACUUUUGA